AUGUCUACUGAAAACAAACAAGAAUCCAAACCAAAGCCAUGUUGCGUUUGUAUUGAUGAAAGAAAGAAAAGAGAUGAAUGUACUUUAUUGAAAGGUAUUGAAAGUGAUGACUGUAAACCAAUCAUUGAACAAUAUAAAGCUUGUAUGAACAGUUAUGGUUUCACUCCAAACCCAGUUAACAACUAG